CGACGGGAUAGCGUCCCUGGGAUCUAUGGUCCACUUGAAUCCAGAGCGUGAAGGCGGGGCGACUUCUACGGGACUCCAGGGCUGAUUAAAACGAGGCAGAAUUAUUUCAAAAUUAAUAGUUCCAUUUUAGGAAACUACAGUGAUAAUAAAACUGAUUGAUUGUUUUACUACUGGCAUAGAGAACUUGAGAGAUGAUCUACUACAAACCAUUUAUAUUAAAAGUGAGAUUAUUUUGACCCAGAAAGGUAAGUGAUUUGCCCAAAGUCACUGAGCUAGUUGUUGAUACCCUUUUUUUCUGAUUCUGUCUAGUUCCUUUUUUGCUAUUUACUGUUUCUUCUCAUUGCAUUGAAGUUAAAAUGGUCUUGAGAAUAAUCAGAAUGUUGUCUUUUACAUAACUGCAGAGCAUACCAUUGAUCCAGAAUUAAAAUUUUUAAGUACAGAUAAUCAAAAUCUAAUUUUCUUUAUUACUUAAGAACUGUAUAUUUAAAUGCUUGCUAGGUGAUGCAUUGGGAUAGCUAGGUGGUACAGUAUACAAAGUGCUGGGUGAGGAGUUAGGAAGACUAAUUACUUCACCCUUUUUGCCUCAGUUUCUUAUCUGCAAAAUGAACUGGAAAAGGAAAUAGCAAACCAUUCCAGUAUCUUUGUCAAGAAAACCUCAAAUGGAGGUAUAAAGAGUUAGACAUGAUUGAAACUACUGAAUAAUUUGCAAAGUACUGUGGAGCGUACCCUCCCCCCCAUCCCUUUUUUAAAAUUCAUUCUAAAUUCGAUAACUUCUCCUUGCUUUGGAAUUUUUAAAGAAAUGUUUCUGACUGUGGAAUGAUUUUUAACCAAUGAUCAUUUGUUCUUAGCAUAUAUUUUAUCUACCAUUCAUCUAGAUAUAUAUAAAGUUUGAAUGGAAACAAUAAUUGAACAGGUCCAUAAAUUGGGAAUACAUUUUAUAAGACCUUAGGUUCUAAAGUUGUACCUCAAUUUUUAGUUUAAUUCUUGAAUAAAAAAAGGUUUUAUAGGAUAAUUUAGUUUUGUUAUUUGUGCUAAUAAUUUUAAAAGAAUCACAACCUGAAACAGAAGAAGACAGAGUAAGUUGUUAAAGUCUGAUAGUCUAGAUCUCUUAUUUCAUGCUGGAUGAAAUAAAUAGAAUCCAUUUUUGUAGUUAGCUGAGGUAGAGUAAUGUAAUGACUACAUUAUAUUGUCCCAAAUUAUUUAUUGCUUGUUUUUUUGUUCAAUCUUUCAGUUGUGUCUGAUUCUUCAUGAUCCUGUAUGGAGUUUUCCUUGGCGGACAUGUAAGAGUGGUUUGCCAUUUCCUUUUCCAGUGAAUUUAAGGAAUCGAAAUCAAGUGAUUUGCUCAGUAGUAUUACGUAAAGAAAUCAUGAUGUAAUGAAGGGAAGUGAUUUUCUCAGGGUUCCCUGAUUGGUUAGUGACAAAGCUAGCAUCAUGAUGAUGAAGAUAAAUUCUACAGUCUUUCUAUCACACAGCUUCCUAACACUCCUAAGAAGUUAACUAUCACCUGUGCUUGAACACCUUUAGUUCUGGGAAGCUUCAAACUUAGAAGUCAAACUCUUCACAUCAGUGAAAUCCAAGGUGCAGAUUUGAUGCUUUCUGCCAUAGUCUACUUUGUAAUGAAAAAAAUUCUGUUUUCAAUGUCAUGCAUCAUCAUUGAAGGAAUAUUCAGUUUAGAUUGAAGAGAUUACAUUUGCUUCAAGAAAAUUGAGAUCAAACAAAUAACAUCUUGGGAAAAAAUGGAAACCUCCUACCACGUUUUAGGGCAAUUAUAUAAGAAGAUACUUCUUGGAGCUCCACUUGAAAAUGACACCCAAGAAUAUGCAUUUUAUCUCAAUCUACCAUUUUCAAUCCAAGAUUUAUCCACAUCAAAUUUCUUGAGGUGGCCAUGUGUUCAUCAUGGAAACCAACCUGGUUCUGUCAACAUUGGUGCCACUCCCAUUCCUGUAGAAUUAAUAAAUUUGAAAAUUCAUUUUCAAGUUAGUAAUCCCAGAGAUAUAAUGCUGCUUCAAUUAACAGUCAUCAAGAUGAUGAUAACCAAAAUACUAGCUAAAAAAAUGGAAUUUACUAUAAAAGAGAAGUAUAAUGCUAUAAUUGAAAUUCUUUUAAAGUCAUAUGAACUGGAAUCUAAAUUAAUCAACACAUUCCAUGGAUCUGAUAAAUUACUGUCUCAUAUGGCUGCAAAAUGUCUUGCCUCACUGUUACAUUUACAACUAAGAGAAAAGGAUAUUAUAAAUAAAACAUGGACAGAUUUUUGUUUAAAAAGUUUUUCCAACUACCCUGAAAGUAAUACAAUCUCUUAUUGUCUCUGGACUCUUACAGCUGUAAUAAAAGAAAUAUUGAAGGCUACAUGUUUACAAAAAGCAGGAUUAUUGAAGCAGUUUUUGGCAUCUUUUGAUUUUCAUUUUGAAGUCUUUUACUGUUCAGUUUUUUCUCAGAAUUUUGAAAACAACCACGAUACCAAGAUACUAAAUCCUAAAAUUACAAAUUUUUUUAUUUGCUUUUUGGAAUUGCUUGAAAUUCUUAUAGCCUCCAGAAUUCACUUGAAGUUAUAUCUCACUUGCCAGAGGGUUUUUUAUUUGAAAAUAUUUUGUGCUUUGGAUAUUAUUAGGUGGCCUAUUCACUCUUUAGUCAAAAAGAAGUUCAUCAUCCUUAUUAAAAGAUGUCUGCUGCAUAAAGUGGGUGAAGAUGUCCUAAAUACUUCACUUCCUACUUUAAUUGAACAGGAUCCUUAUUUAGAUAUGGACAUGUUAGCUUUGGGUAAUGCUUUUCUGCAAGCUGUGAAUUUGGGGUGGUUGAAACAAUUAUCUGUUCGUGAAAAACCCAGCCACUUUGGAGGCAGUGAAGUUCAAUCUGGAAAUAAAAGUCUUCUUGGCCCUGAUCUCAUUAUCCUCAGAGCAUCAAGUUUAGUUUUACUGAAAUCCUUAGAAAUCAAGGUGCAUAAUUAUAUGUCUGCAAGUGAAGUAAAAGCUGAAUUACAGAAAUUCAUGCCUGAGUUAUUGUCCUUCUUAAAACAUCACCUUCAUUCCUCCCUGAAAUUGCAUCAUCACUGUGAAUGGCUUUCUAAAAUCUUCAUAGAACAAGAUGAUGACAUGCUGGAGGCUGCAAAAGCAUCAUUAAGCAUUUAUCUAAAGCUUACUAGAAGUUGGAAUGAAGCUGCUAAGGACAUGAUCCAAGAAAAAGAAACUUGGGACCAUCAGACACAUGAAAAUGGCUUUAAUCCUCAUUGUAUUUUCUUAUUUCUCUUAAAAAAUAUUGGAUUUGAUGCAACAGUUCUCCUUGACUUUUUGAUUUCUUCAGAAACCUGCUUUCUUGAAUACUUUGUUAGGUAUUUAAAACUACUCCAAGGAGAGAAGAAUAAUUUUUCAGAUGUUUGUAAAUUAUUUGAUGCAGCAGAAUUAAGAGAUGGUAUGCAUAUUUCUAGGAUUGUCACUUCACAUGUUGAAGAAAGAUACAGCAACCAAGCUACUCAUCAGCAUCUUUUUUGUGGUACAAACCACUAUGCUGUUUUACCCUUGGCUUCUGACCCUACUACUUCUGGAACAAAUAUUAAACAGAAAGACAAUCAGACUAUGAAGUUGAAGCAACCCAACUUAUUGAUGUGCAUUGAUAAUACAUCUUCACCAAGAGCCUCUCAAAGCCUGGUUGAUUAUUCAGGCAGCUCAGAAGAUUCUGAAGAGGAAUCAGUGGAAGAAGAAUAUUUAUCAACUAUUAAACAGACUCCUUUAGACUAUCAAGUCAAUACAAAGAUAAAGGAAAUUGUCAGUGUGAUUGGAGAAAAGAGCCAGAAUUACCUAGAAUCUACUGCCAUGCUUCUAGAUCCAAAAGAGGCUUCUACUUUGUCAUCUGUUAGUUGUGAAACUGCCCUAAAUAGUAUUGCCUCUGAAACUGUAAUAUUUUGUAAAACGUUUAAAUGCUUGAAAGAACUAGAAAAGGCAAUUUCCCGUUUGCACAGGAAACAUCUCUUUCCAUACAAUCCAUCUGCACUAUUGAAAUUGCUAAAACACAUUGAUACAAUAAAUAAAAAUAUGAACGUGUUAUAAAGAA